AUGUUGUCUAUCCAAUAUCGGGGAUCCAAGGGCGACGACUUCAAGGGCCUCUCAUUCUCGAGUAAUGCAGAGGUGCAGCGGUCAAUUAGGGUUCUGAGGCUCGAAAGAGAUCUCGAAGACCUGCGACUACCCAAGUUGGACGGUUUGGACUGCGUAUUCAGGUCCUCCCUCGGCUAUCCCCUUACCCUCGAGGUCCUCUAUUCUGACUGCAAAGAAGGCCAGCCUUCUGAGAAUGUCUUUCAUGCAUUCUACGACCACAUGAGCGAGGACCCCCGCAUCUUAGAGGACAUGAAAAUAAAGAGUGUCUACGUAUAUUUUCUCCCGCCGAGAACUUCAAAGCUCGAUAAACUCACGGCACCUACCUACGUUCUGGACCGACCCACCAGCGGUUGGCGAUUCUGGUUUCCCGACAAGACUACUCCCCGAAGAGUAAACCGCGCGCUUACACCACAGGCCCCUCGACGCGACUGGUCGCCGGCAUCCUCACAGCGAGACAGUCCACUCGCCCGUAGUACGAACACUGACGAUAGGUUCUCUCCGCACCCGCCAGCGCACAACGCGAGCGUCGCGGGGCCGAGUCGAGCGCGGGCAACAAAUGCCGAUGAAGCCCCUCUUUCGAAGAUGCGCUCACCAUCGCCAUCAGCGUCUACCUCGGCAGCGGUGCAUCGAGCGCCCGCUGCGCCCACGGGUCUAUUAGAUCCAGCGUCUAUCUCUGCGGCCAUACAAUCCCUGUCGAAGAUCAUCCCACCGGUCCCGGAGCAAUCAGUAGCCCAAGCGUCAUCAUCGACACCACCUGUACCGACGGAGGUGACAGACGUACAAGCAACACCUGACACGCCGAAGCCCGAUCCACACGCGGUUAACCUCGGACAUAUGGUUGAGCUCGAGAACUUACGAGCUCAGUUGCAGCAGAGCUCGACUCAACGUGAAUUACAGCGCAAACGCAUACGCGAGCUCCAACAAGAGCUCUCCACGGAACGACAAGCACGGCUGGAAGCUGAGAAACGAUUAGAGGAGGAACGGACCCUGCUAGAACGAAAGCGAAGAAAAGUAGAAGACAUGCGCCGAGAACGCUCGGCGCCGUUCCUAGCUCCUGCACUCGUAGAUGCGUUCUUGAAAACUCAUUCAAUAGCACGAGAUAUAUGA